AUGGAGGUCAAUAAAACUAAAACUACUCCAGGAGGGUACCACCUCGCUUCGAGUGUGGAGAAUCCCUCACGGGACUGUCCCGACGGGACAGUACCGUCAGCCCCAUCGUAUUCUGGAGGGGGCACUGGCCGCCACAUGGGUGAUGCAUCAGGCCCUAAUGCUACUGAGCAACUGACCACUGGCAAACGACUAACGGAGACCGAUAAGCUUAGCGAAACGGAACGUGGGGUGGAGGCGCGCACCCAAACGGGGCGCGUUGAAACCAGAAGGAGGAAGACUGGACCCAGUGGGCUGUCCACGGCAACGUCCGUAGAUAGUCUCAUGACGGUCCAGUCAUAUGAGGAGGAUAGACUGUGGGCCAAGCGAAAGCGGUCCUCUGGAGCGAGCUGCUCAGGCUCCUCCACGGAAGAAGGCCGAACGCGGCAGGCCAAGAAAGCCUCGAAAAGGGGCAAAGGGCGAGGGGCUGCAGCAGCGGGGUUCUGUGCAGGUACAGCCUCUGCAAGAAAGACCUUAGCGGACAUGACAGCCGCUAGGAAGGCCUUGUCGCGCGUACGGAGGGAAUCGGAGCUCGAGGCUAGCGAGGAAACGCAGGUCACCCGAGCCUCUCGAGCCGGUACCUCCCGCGCUGGAGAAACUGGGGACGGACGUCUUGCCGACGAUUCUACCGCGGCCCUCCAACGCCGUAUAGAGGAGAGCCUGGAUGCCAUCGAGCAGGUGCGUGCAAAAUCGACAAACCUAAGGGUGGCAUUCAAACGUUCCCUCAAGGAAGCCUCGGACACCAUUCAAAAAGCGGCGGUGCUUCUUGCACAACGUACUGCAUCAGAGGAGACGCGGCAGCUGCAAGCUGCGAACACCCAGUUACAGGCGGAAAUCGCGGGCCUCCGAAAAGAGAUGGGAGAGCUUAGGGCUAUCAUAGGGACCGCACAGCCCAUGCAAACGCGAGUGGACUCUGAUCUGACCGCGGAGAUUUUGCGGCAGGUUGGGGGAAUGGUGGACGCCCGGUUAGAAGCGUUGGAGUUGCCUCCAAAAAGGUGUGUGAGGCCCCCAUUGGCGGGGGAUGGCAGGGUUGAGGGAAUGGCGGUUGGGCAAGCCCCAACCGAGGACUUUCCUCCUCUUCCGCCGCCAAAGCCCCCUAAUGGGGCACCAGCGAAAGGUGCUGCUCCAGCAAAGGCGAGAAAACCGGAACAGCCUGCUGCGCAGCCUGCAAAACCGGGUCCAGCUGCAAAACCGGGUCCAGCUGCAAAAGCCAAGGGGAAGGGCAAGGGGAAGGCUGCACGGCAGCCGGAAAAGACCAAGCCAGCUGACAAGGCUGUGCCCACCACUUCUUCUGCUCCCCAGUUGCAGCAACGGCUGGAGCAGGAAUGGACGGUCGUCGGAAAGAAGGGCAAGGCGAAAAAGAAAAAGGGGCCGGCGCGAGUGCGCUCGAGGGCGCAGAGGUUGCGCAAUCCUUCGUCCUCGGCUGUCGUUAUUGCUCUGCAGCCAGGCGCAGUGGAGCGAGGCGUCACCUAUGCCUCUAUAAUGGCUGGAUCACGCCAAAAGAUCGAUCUGGCGGAAAUCGGUGUAGGUGCGCUGCGGUUCAAGCGUGCCGCGACUGGGGCAAGGAUCUUAGAAGUCCCUGGUGCCGCAAGCUCGAAGGAGGCAGAUGCUCUCGCUGCAAAGCUGCGGGAGAUUUGGGACGAAGGCACCGUCAAGGUUUCCAGGCCGGUGAAAUGCGCUGAAGUGCACAUCAUCGGCUUGGACGACUCGGCGGCUGUUGAAGAUGUCGUGGCUGCGAUUUCUCGGGCAGGAGAAUGCCCUACAGAACACGUUAAGUGUAGUGGCAUGCGCGUGGGCUCUCGCGGCUCGACUUCAGCCUGGGUGAGCUGCCCGAUAGCCGCGGCAAAGAAGGUGGCACAGGUAGGCCGUAUCCAAGUAGGGUGGAUCUCUGCAAGUGUCACGCUUGGCAAGGUGAAGCCACAGCGUUGCUUCCGCUGCCUAGAGGUGGGGCACGUAAGAGCCGAGUGCAAUUCGCUCGUAGAUAGGAGCAACGUCUGUUUCCGAUGUGGAGAAACAGGCCACAAGGCCGGGGAAUGUUCUGCCUCCGCCGCUCGCUGCGUUCUAUGCUCCGAGGCCAAGCUACCGGCAGGCCAUCGGCUCGGGGGCCCAGCUUGCAAGGCUCCCAAGCGGAAAAGAGGAAAUCGGGGACGCGAUGGUCCAGGUACCGCACCGUGUCCUUGUCCCGCGCCCGUCGAGGCGAAUGUGACGGUUAGCGAAAUGGAAACGCAGUAA